GAAAAGAAGCUGAAGAAGGAGAAGAAGCUGAUGCAAAGGAGUUGAAAGGGGAAACCCACUCAGGCGUCGCAGGGCAUGGGGUUCCUUCUGGGCGCCUGGCUGCUCCUUUCCUUGGCCGCCUGGGCUCCCUUUUGGGCCGGGGAGGCGCUGCUGCCUUCUUCCAAGGUCUCCCGGGGUCUGGCCGUGCCUUUCGUCUUCGACCCGGAGGCCCUUUGCCAUCCGCCUUGCCAGCACAACGGGCUCUGCAUCCGGAACGGCACUUGCUUCUGCCCCAAGGGUUACCAAGGAGAGCGCUGCCAGUACGCAACUUGUUAUCCAAAAUGUAAAAAUGGUGGGAAGUGUCUAAGACCUGGAAAAUGUCGAUGUCAGCAAGGCUAUGGAGGAAGAUAUUGUCAUAAAGUAAGUUGCGAAGGAGGAUGCCAAAAUGGUGGGGAGUGCAUCGCUAUCAGUGGAGUGGCCAAGUGUCUUUGUAUUUCAGGUUGGGCAGGAUCACGAUGCCAAGAAGCGGUUUGUCCCCAGGGAUGCCGUAACGGAGGUGUUUGUGUAGCUCCUGGAAUCUGCAGCUGUGCAACUGGGUGGGUUGGUGGAGCAUGUCAUUUAGCAUUGUGUACGCUGCCUUGUCACCAUGGAGGCAAAUGUGUUGCUCCAGAUGUGUGUAGAUGCCGAUCACCAUACUUUGGUAUACAGUGUACAAAGAAAAUAAAACAAUGAAAACUGCUUCUUUGAAGAUGAGAUGAAUAAAUAGGCAUUGGGAGAAAUAAUAUUUUUCUAAAAACCCAAAGAAACACCCUCAUCAUGUAUUAAUAAAAAGCUCUUCUAUAAUAAAGAGCAUUUAAAAAAAUAAAAACACACCAUAAUUCUGAUAAUACCAGAAUGAAUGUCAACAUUUGUGUUGAUUAUUGAUUUUCACUGCAUGUGACUAUAUUUUAGCACAUCUUACACACUAAUAUUUAAAAUAAAGCAUUUCACAAA